GAGUAGGAGGUUAGCACAGCAAAGUGGAGUCAGUAAGUAAGCAGGACCCAGGACAGCCACACGGAUAGGUAGUUCAGAGGAGUAAAAGCCGGCACGGCGCUGGGUGGAUUCAAGUUCUGAUUGAGGCUCGCUACUUGACAGCAGGAAUGGGGCAAGGUGUGGGUGGUUGACUGACAGGGAGACGGACCAAUCACUUGUUAGGAUGCUGGCUCGGAACCGCUUCAUCCUCCUGGUGGUGGUGGGGGCGGUGCUGGCCAUCGUGAGUCUCAGCCUCCAAUUCUUGCACCUAAUCCCCACUACGCCCAUGGGUGAGGAGCGCCCCCCCCAGGGUCAGGGUCAAGUUCAGGGCCAGGGGAAGAGCAGGAAGAGAGUGAUCCCUGUCCCCCCCACAGAGGAUCCUGAUCCAGACCCCAUCUCAGAGGCUUAUGGUUACUGCAACACCCCCAACCGCUCUGAACAGGCCUGGGAGGGACACAGCCCUGUGGACUACAAGCUGCUGUCUGUCCAGGUGAUGAUUCGCCAUGGCGACCGUUACCCCCUUUACGCCAUCCCCAAAACCAAGCGGCCUGCCAUCGACUGCACCCUGUCCCCAAAGAGGAAGCCCUCCCACCCCCAGCUAAAAUCUUUCAUUGGUCACAUGGCCCAGGGGGGGCAUGGCCGCUGGGAGGGGACUCUCAGCUCGUUGCCCUGCCUCCCUAACCACAGCGCUUGUGAGAUGGGCGAGCUCACUCAGACAGGUGUAGUGCAGCAUUUACGCAAUGGCCAGCUCCUUCGCCAAGCCUACAAGCGCCACAAACUCCUCCCGCCCGAUUGGUCGACCAAGCAAGUUUGGGUGGAGACUACGGGCAGGAGCCGCACCCUCCAGAGCGGGAUGGCUCUUCUGUAUGGGUUCCUGCCCGACUUUGACUGGAGCCGUCUGACAGUCCACCACCAGUGGAGCACGUUGUUCUGUGGCUCAGCCUGCGACUGUCCUGCUAGGAACCGUUAUCUGGAGGAGGAGCAGAGGAGACAGUACCGCUUCAGAGCGGCAGACACUGAACUGGAGAGGACCUACGCAGACAUGGCCCGUACGCUAGGUCUGCCCCCGCGCCAGCUCAGAGCUGCCAACCCUAUAGACUCUCUGCUGUGCCACCUGUGCCAUGGCCUGUCCUUCCCCUGUGUGGCAGCAGGGAGUGCUCUCGGCAGUGGGGGCUGUCUGACUCUGGCCCAGUUCGCUGUGAUCCGGAGGCAGCAGUUAGAGGACGAGGUGGACAGGAGGAGGGUGGGACUGUAUCACCGCUACGCCGUGCUCGCCACGCACCCCUACCUCAACCGCACCGCCAACAGGUUGGAGCGUGUUGCCAAGGCCUACGCUCCGGGCAGAAAACCCCGCGCUGGAGGAGAGGAGGUGUUCACCCUGUCCUCGGCUCACGACGUCACCGUGGCGCCGUUACUAAGCGCCCUGGGCUUGGAGGAGGCAUUGUUCCCGAGGUUUGCAGCAAGGGUUGUGUUUGAGUUGUGGAAGAGUCCGCACGCAACGCAGGGACAACGUAAGGGGCAACGGCAGAGCCAGAAUAAGGCUUCUGGGGUGAAAGGGGAGAGGUCAAAAGGUGGUAACGAGGGGGACAUGUUUGUGAGGGUUCUGUACAACGGAGAGGACGUAACAUUCCAUACCACCUUCUGUCGCUCACAUGACCGCCAUGCCACACAACCGCUAUGCCCCCUGGGUAACUUCCUGUCUUUCGUCAGGAAAGACAUGUUCGGUGUCCUCAACGCCACGUCCUACCACGACGCCUGCUACCGACGGACAGGCUGACUGACAAAGGGGUGGAGAGAGAAAAGGAGGAAAGGAAGGGAAUCAUUUAGCUGAUUUUGGAAUUUGUUAAUAGCUCUUUUCCCACGUUGAUGGUAGUGCCCUAUUGAACUAUUUUAAUGUCUUAAAAUUUUGACAUUUUUCUAAAGUCAAAAAACAUUCCUAGAAAGCAUAGAUACUGAUCAUACAUGUCAUGCACACAAACACACUGCAAAAAUACAUAUUUUCACCAACAUAUUCCUAUACACAAACACACUGCAAAAAUACAUAUUUUCACCAACAAAUUCCUAUACACAAACACACACAUACUAUAUACACACUCUUCAUGCCUUCUUGAUCAGAUGUCUUUGUCAAUGAAGUUGGACUUCUAAACUGACAGCCUUGUGGUGUUGACAAUCACACCCGGAUACUUAACCUGCAAAUAUACACAUUUGAACGUUGACCUUUCUACCAUUUUUACAUUUUUUAAAUGUUUGUAAGGGAAAGACAUUCUGGGGUGAAAGUUAAGGACUCAGACACUUUAUUCACACAUUCCUGCAUUCCAACUGGGAAUGUUGAGAUUCUGCUUUUCCCAAAUUCCUGCAUAGAAAAGGGGAACAUUGAAACUGGAAACACGAAUGCUGGAUUAGUUCAUAUAAAAUGUUGAAUCUGCCAUUUAUAAUUUGUCUUGAUAUUGUUCUGACAUUUUGAUUAAAAUGGUGCUGGAGACCAAUAGAAUUAGGGUCGGUUUUUCUGUAUAAUUAAUUCAUUUGAGUUUACUGCUAAAAAAAGAGCUCAGUACUGUACUUUCAGGUUGAUUUCAAUGUUAAGAAUUAAGUCAUCCCAACAAUUUACACUCAAUGUUUACUCAAUAAUGAAAAUAUUCCACACCUUAGUAAAGGCUAGUUUUUAAUGGUACUUAGAUUUCACUGUUGCUGUAAGAUGGUAAUAACAGUUCAUAAAUAUGUCAUCAGUAAUUGUACAUUUUUCCACUACAUGAAGGAAACCAUUUUCCAGUUGGGACUAUUUUUAUUAAUGAUGUUCAUAAUUUUGAAUAAUUAUAAUUUUUACUGUAAAGCACAUUACAGUCUGCAAAGAAGUAAUAAAACUUGUUUCC